AUGCCUCGCCCGAUCUCUGCCUCUGUAUUUAUUUCUCUACUUGCGGGUUUUUCUCGUGUCGCCGCCACCAGUGGCUGGCAUUUUGUCCAGAAUGGCACCACUGGUCUCCUCGCGCUCGAGGCUACCAUCGUUUCCCCCACGCUCGCUCUCCUUUAUGAUUUGUCGGCCACCAGGACCCCACUUCUAAUGGGUAACGAAUCGGCCUGGGGCGCCUUGUACGACCUGACUACCAACGUCGUCACCCCAAUCCAGGUCAAUUCCGACACAUUCUGCGCUUCUGGCGCCACCCUCAGCAACGGCAGCACGGUUAGUGUAGGCGGUAAUUGGAUCCCCACCCUAUCACAAGGCGUCAAUGGGUACCAAGGCCUUCGUAUUUUUGAACCUUGCACUAGCCCAAGCGGUGUUGGAUGCACUCUCUAUGACGACCCCAGCACCCUCCAUUUAACGGCUGCGCGUUGGUAUCCGUCUGCAAUCCGAAUCUACGAUGGCUCUCUCUUCAUUGCCGGUGGCUCGCUCAACUUCUCGCUCUUUUACAACGAGUUCCCCGAGAACUCCUACGAAUUCUUCCCGCCUAGGGAUGGAGGGGUCGUACGCCCCUCUCCCUUCCUCGUUCGCGCCGGCAAGACGAAUAUGUUCCCUCGUAUCUUCUCCCUUACCGAUGGCACUAUUUUCAUGGUCGCUGGAAACCAGUCCAUCAUUUACAACGUCGACACCAAGAAGGAGACAAGGCUGCCGGACAUCCCCAACGGGGUCAAAGUCAGCAAUCCCUUCGAUGGCUCCGCCCAACUUCUGCCUCUGUCCCCGCCGAACUACAUUCCCGAAGUCCUCGUCUGCGGUGGCUCAGAUACCGACGAACGGAUUGCGCCUCCCGAACUAUCCAGCCAGACGCCCGCCUCAGACCAAUGUUCGCGCAUUGAAUUGUCGCCCGCUGGCAUCAAGAGAGGCUGGAUUGUCGAGCGCAUGCCUGAGCGCCGCAUUCUCCCCGAGAUGCUCAUCCUUCCCACCGGUCAGAUCAUCAUUGUCAACGGCGCGCAGACUGGGUACUCCGCGUUCUCGAGUUUCCUUUCCUGGAUCAAGGACCCGGUCGGCAACUCAAAUGCCGACCAUCCCAACUUUACUCCGACACUUUACGACCCUCUGGCGCCGGUUGGGAAACGGAUGAUCAAGAAGGGCCUCCCGACCACGAAUAUUGCGCGGAUGUACCACUCCACCGCCACCGUGACCCCUUCUGGGCAAGUGUCCUGCUUCGGUCAUGAUACAGCAAUAUCUAAUUGUGCCAACAGAAAUAUCCUGAUCGCUGGUUCCAACCCACAGGUUGAGGUCAACACCACCGUUCCUUACCCCACUGAAUUCCGCGUCGAGUACCUCAACCCCCCCUACAUGUAUCUCGAGCGACCUGUGCUGUCCCGGGUUCCCGCCAAGGUUGCCUUCGAUGCGCACUUCACCCUUCAAGUCACCCUUCCCAAGAAGGCUGGCAUCUUCCCCACCAUCAAGGUCGCCCUGAUGGACCUCGGGUUCUCCUCGCACGCGUUCCACUCGAGCAACAGGCUCGUCUACCUCGAGGCCACCCUCGACAGGGACCACAAGACGCUGCACAUCACCAGCCCGCCCAACAACAGGGUGUACCCCCCUGGUCCGGGCUACCUCUACGUCGUCGUCGCGGACGAGUAUGUCAGCGUCGGCGCGCAGAUCAUGAUUGGCUCGGGCGCCUCCCCGCCAGUGCCCGACCAAGGUCGCAGGCUCUGA